GUCUAGGAGCAACAACGGCUCAGCCGUGAAGUGGUAGGCCACACGAGCUCACAGAACGGGACCGCGUAGCACGUACAAAUCGACUGUCCGCGGUUACAACACGCUACUCUAGUGUGACGGGGAACAUAACUGUCUGUUUGGGGGUCUAAACUGUGGCUGUGCAGGCUUUCUGUGACAUGGUAUCCUCUCUGUUAACAAUCUGCUGUGUGAUUUGUUGGUGUGUUGUAGGACGAUAAAGACCUGGUGCCAGAGUUUGUGAAUUCAGAAGGCUUGAUGUGUUUCAUCAAGGUGGGAGCGGAGGCAGACCACAACUAUCAGAAUUACAUUCUCAGAGCCCUCAGUCAGAUCAUGCUGUUUGUAGAUGGGAUGAACGGUGUGAUCGACCACAAUGACACUGUUCAGUGGCUCUACACUCUCACUGGCAGCCUGUCUCGUCUGGUGGUGAAGACAGCUCUGAAGCUCCUGAUAGUGUUUGUAGAGUACACAGAGUUGAACAGUCCUCUACUUAUCCAGGCUGUCAACACUGUGGAUGGCAAGAGAGGUGUGAAGCCGUGGUCGUACCUGACAGAGAUCAUGGAUGAGAAGAACGGAUCAGACACCGAGCUGUUCAUCUUAACCAUGAACCUCAUCAACAAGACCCUUGCGGCCCUCCCGGACCAGGACUCGUUCUAUGACGUGACCGAUUGUCUGGAACAACAAGGGAUGGAACACAUUAUGCACAAACACAUGAGCAGCAAGGUUACUGAGCCAGACCUGAAACAACAGUUCACCAUAUAUGAGAGGGCUCUGAGGCACGAGGAUGGAGAGAUGGAUGCUGCUCCUCACCUCAGGAAGGAGAGGAGGAAGGUGACAGCCAGCGAACAGGAGGGCAGGAGGAACAGGAGAUCCUCAGCUCAGAACCUCCCCGACGUCCUCUCCUCCUCCCCGACCACAUCCAACACUAUCUCUCUCUCCGCCUCGUCCUCCACUUCUCUCUCCCCUUCCACCUCCUCCCCUUUCUCUCCCUCCUCCCCCUCCCCUUUCUCACCCUCCUCCUCCUCACCCUCCAACAGUCCUACAGCAGGGCUGAGUAGGACCACCUCCCCUCUCCCCUCCUCCUCCCGUAGCGCCUCACCCCUCUCCCCCACCUCCAGCCCAUCAGACUCUGGUUCUCAGAGGUCCUCUCCUCUACUGCCCCCUGAGGUGACCAACGGUACUGCAGCCUCCCUGUCUCCCACUGAACAGGAGCCCAAGACAACCUCCAACCUGGGGCGAUCAUUCCUCAGUCACCACAUGUCCGCCUUGGGGAUCAGUAGGAGAUCACGACUCUUUAACAAGGCUGGUUCCAUCUCUGAGGAACCUGCUCCUUCUGCCUCUCGAGCCGCAAGCAGCCCGUCUCCUACUGACUUGGCUGGCCCCGAGAAGCAACAGCAGCCCCAGACGGUCCCGGAGAAACAAGGGAACAAGACGGAGAGGAACACCUUCAGGUGGGUACAGUUACUGAACCUCUCAGAGACAGAGACCAGGACAGCGACCAGGACAGAGACCAGGACAGAGGACAGAGACCAGGACAGAGACCAGGACAGAGACCAGGACAGAGACCAGGACAGAGACCAGGACAGAGACCAGGACAGAGACCAGGACAGCGACCAGGACAGAGACCAGGACAGCGACCAGGACAGCGACCAGGACAGCGACCAGGACAGCGACCAGGACAGAGACCAGGACAGCGACAGGGUUGUUUAUCAUAAACCCACGUGGAUCACAUGA